CCUUUGCCGCUGUUAUUCUAAGCAGCUCUCAAUUCUCCCCGGAACCCGCGAGAGUGCAGCUACUAUUUCAGUCGGAGUUAUUGGCGUUGCUAGCUGACAUGGCUGCGCCCGUAUUAAGAGGUGUUCGAAAGCUGCUGAAGCUCGUGGACUUCACGCCAGUCCCGCGGAGACAUCGAUAUAAGAAGAAAUGGGCUACCACAGAACCACAAUUCACUGCCAGCCGGCUUGCUCUGCAGAAUUUUGACAUGACUUACAGUGUACAGUUUGGGGAUCUUUGGCCAUCAAUCCGUGUUAGUCUUCUCUCAGAGCAGAAGUAUGGUGCACUGGUCAAUAAUUUUGCUGCCUGGGAUAGUGUGAGUGCUAAGCUGGAGCAGCUGAGUGCCAAGGACUUUGUCAGCGAAGCCAUCUCUCACCAGAAACUGGAGCCUGAGAGUGGCCUCUCUCCAACUCUAUCCCAGGACUGCAGCCCCAACCUUCGAUGCUUCACUUUUUCCAGAGGGGAUGUCAGCCGCUUCCCUCCUGCCAGUGUUGGCAGCCUGGGUCUCAUGGACUACUACCUGAUGGAUGCCGCCUCCUUGCUACCUGUGCUGGCUCUUGGUCUGCAGCAUGGAGACAUUGUGCUUGACCUGUGUGCCGCUCCUGGGGGAAAAACACUGGCCCUACUUCAGACGGGCUGUUGCCGUAACCUAGCUGCCAACGAUCUCUCUACCUCCCGAACAGCCAGACUACAGAAGGUCCUUCACAGCUAUGUGCCUCAAGAUAUUAGGAAAGGGAACCACAUUCGAGUUACCUCAUGGGAUGGCAGGAAGUGGGGAGAGCUGGAGGGGGACACCUAUGAUAAGGUGUUAGUCGAUGUGCCGUGCACCACGGACCGCCACUCCCUUCAUGAGGACGAGAACAACAUCUUUCAGCGGUCAAGGAAGAAGGAGCGACAGAUGUUGCCUAUGCUGCAGGUGCAGCUUCUUGGGGCUGGACUCCUUGCCACCAAGCCCGGAGGUCACGUUGUCUAUUCCACUUGCUCACUGUCACACUUACAGAAUGAGUAUGUGGUGCAGGGGGCCAUCGAGCUUCUGGCCAAUCAAUACAACAUCAAGGUUCAAGUGGAAGACCUGUCUCACUUCCGAAAGCUUUUCAUGGACACAUUCUGUUUCCUCCCAUCCUGCCAGGUUGGGGAGCUGGUAAUACCAAACCUCAUGGCCAAUUUUGGACCUAUGUACUUCUGCAAAUUGCACAGGCUGCCAUAGUGUCACCCCGUCCCUGAAGUAGGAAGGUGAUGACUCCAUCAGAGGCACUGAAGCUGAGGCUGGCGGCAGGUGUGUCCCAGGCCUGUCUCCAUCCAUUACAUCUAAAGAUCGCUGUACACGGCAGUGGGUAGGGACCGCUGCCCAGCUGAGUUAGCAGCAGGCUUCUAACUCAUACUCUCACUUCUAGCUUUUAGCCUCUACUAAGGCCCCAGCUUCAGUAGGGAUUAAGACAGACUCUGUGAAUAAGCCCAUAGUUCAAGCUGUAAACUGGGGAAGAAACAUUUAGCCAAUAAAGUUGUUGAAGUGCUCAAAGGGCGGGCCUGCAGUUGGGAACAUCA